AUCUCCUCUUUUCUUUUUACCCUCCUCUUUUUCUUUAAAAAAAAAAUAAAAAUAAAAAAAAUACACACAUAAAGGAAAAAGAAAAAGAGAAAGAAAGAGGGAAAUGACUUUCUUACUCAAACGAAAGAAUGUUGCUUUCGUUCAGUCUUUGUUUUAUACUAUACAUUCUCAAUGUCGUAGGAAUUCAACUGCAAUUACAUUCAACAUGCUGCGGCAUUAUCAAAAGGAAUGUAUUGAAACAACCUUGAAAGAAUUUGAAAAUGGUUGCAAUAAACAGAUUGUCUCCUUACCAGUUGGUAGUGGAAAGACGGUAAUUAUGUCAAAUCUUAUUCCAAGAAUCCCUUCUCCUACACCAGAAGCAACUAAAGUAUUACUAUUAGCUCAUAGAACUGAGUUAUUAGAUCAAGCACAUAAUCAGAUUUUAAGAUAUAAUCCUGAUUUGGUAGUUGAAAUAGAACAAGGAAAUAGAAAAGUGAAUAUGGAUAAAGCAGAUGUUAUUAUUGCCUCUGUACCGACCUUGGGAAGAAUAGGCUCUGAGCGUAUUACGAAAUUUAAUCCUGAUCUUUUCAAGGCUAUUUUGAUAGAUGAAGCACAUCAUUCAGUUGCAGAAUCGUAUAUCAAUAUUCUUAAUUAUUUUGGUGUCAAUAACGAGGAUAAUAAUAAUAAGAAGAAGAAGCUAUUAUGGGGUUGUACAGCCACUGCUAAACGCCAUGAUGGAUUAGCCCUCAACCAAGUAUUUGAUAAAAUCACAUAUCAUUUUGACUUUAUGGACAUGAUCGAACAAGGUUAUCUUAGUCAAAUGAAUGUUACCACUAUUAAAACAGAAGUUGAUCUUGAUGCUGUGCGGCGUACAAAGGCUGAUUUUGUAUUAAGGGACUUGUCUGAUGCAGUGAAUACAGAUGCAAGAAACCAAGUGAUUGUAUCUAGUUGGCAAAAAUAUUCAGAGGAACAAGAUCGAAAAUCAACUUUAGUCUUUGCUGUUGAUAUUGCUCAUACAAUUACAUUAUGCAAUGCAUUUAUUGAUGCUGGUGUCGAUGCUAAAUGUAUUACUAGUAAAUCAAAUCCAAUUGAAAGACUUCAAAUUUUAAGGGACUUUCGUGCUCGUAAAUUUCCCGUUUUAGUCAAUUGUGCUAUUUUAACAGAAGGUACGGAUAUACCAUGUGUAGAUUGUAUUUUAUUAGCAAGACCUACGCGAUCUGCAACAUUAUUUCAACAAAUGUUUGGAAGAGGGUUGAGAUUAUAUCCAGAAAAAGAAUAUUGUUUAGUCAUUGAUUUUGUAGAUAAUUUCAACCGAACAAGUACAUCAGGUCUUAUUACUAUUCCUACUUUAUUAGGUUUAAAUGCUGAAGGAAUGAUAACGAAUAAAGACAUUUUAAUGUUAGAAAAAGAAGCAAAAGAGCAAGAGGAAGCAAUAGAAAAUGAAGAACAGGAAGGGAACAACGAAUUGGAUCCUGAUCAUAUCAGAAUUCAAAUUACAGAAUAUGAUACUUUACAAGAGCUUAUAGCUGAUAUAUCCGUUUCAUCUGAGUUACGACAUAUAACAUACAAUAGUUGGGUGAACAUUGGUAAAGAUAAAUAUGUCUUGAAUGUUUUAAAUAAAGGCUAUUUAAUGGUAAAAAGAUCAAAAGAUAACUCUUCUAUUUGGUCUGCUAGUUUUAGAUAUCAAAGUGUAGACACAAAUUUCUUUGGAAGAUCAUUUGAUGUGCCCUUAGAAUCAAAGGAUUUAUCUUCAGCUAUUCGAGGAGCUGAUACAUGGCUUCAAAAGAAAUUUUCAGAUACCAUGGGUAAAAGCUUUUUUUAUAAACUCACAAGAUCAGCUCGCUUUCGAAAAGAGCCGAUAACAGAAUCACAGAUAAAGGCUUUACGACGUUAUAAUAUUACGAUUCCUAUAGACAUGACAAAAGGUCAAGCGAUGGAUUUAUUAACCAAAUUAAAAUUUGGACAAUUAAGUUUAUGGAAAAAGGAAGUUAAAUUGGCUUCUUUGAAACAGAAAGAAAUGAAAAAGAAAGGUGAACCCAUCUUGUCACGAAAAAAGGAAAUUACAUCUUUUUAAGAAAAAAAAAAGGGAGGGGAGGGAGUGGAAGCAGAAUUCAUUAUUGCUGGGUUUUUUUUUUUUUUCUAUUUUUUUUGCUACCAAGUGAAUGAUAAAUAAAAUUAAACUAGACUUUUGUUUCCAUUGAUUGUAGUAAAAUAGGCGAGAUGGUAUUUGCCACUGUUUUCUUAAUUGUCUCUGCCGAAUAGACCAUAUUGAAUAUCGAUUAAAUGUUAAUACAAAAAGUAAAAUAGAAGAAAAGAAGAUGGCUUGAUAUUUUAUAAAGCGUGAUAAGGAUGAUGGUGUUUUAGUAUAUGCUACUAAUACUUGUUGUUGUUGAUGAUAAUGAUGAAGUAAAUUCUUCGAUAAUAAUUGAUCCAAGGCAUAAUUUAAAAAAAAUUUGAUUGAAGAUGAAGAAAUGAAAUGAUCGUAAGUCGUUGUUGACGAAUUGAUUUGCUGAAC